AUGUCCUCGGACUCACCCCGAUUCGCCGACGUCCGUCUACUCGACGAACCCUCCAGCACCAUGUCCCCGGAAGAAAACGACGACAUCGAAGCCCAGAUGAGCCAUCUCAGCCUGGGCCCCGACAAGCAGCACAUGGACGAGGUCUUGAGCAGCCCGCUCCUCACGGUCCCUGUCGUGCAAUCCACGCCACCGCCCCAGUUCGGCCUCUUCGGCGCCAAUAGGUCCGGAGAUGCUCCGCCGCGGGCCUCCCGCCUCUUCUACAACGUCACAUGCCCGUCCAGCGUCUUCAUCUGCGGAAGCCAGGGCUCCGGGAAGAGCAACACGCUCGCGUGCCUCUUGGAGAACUGCCUCAUCCCGAGCCGGCUGGGCAAGCUGCCGACGCCCCUCACGGGCAUCGUCUUUCACUACGACAGCUUCGUAUCCGACUCUGGCGGGCUUCCGUGCGAGGCCGCGUUCCUCGCGUCGAGCAAGGAGGUGUCGGUCAGGGUCCUCUGCGCCCCGACGAACAUCCGCACCGUUCAGGGAAUCUACGGCCGCAUCCCUGGCGUCAAGGUUGAGCGUCUCAUACUCAGCGACCGGGACCUCAACACUCGCCGCAUGCUUGAUCUCAUGGCGGUUGGAGAAGGGGGGAUGCCGCUUUACCUGCAUGUGGUGACCCGGAUUCUCAGAGACAUGCGCAUCGACCAGCAAUCCACUGGAUCCGGAUUCAAUUAUACCACCUUCAAGAAGCACCUUGACUUGGCGGACUUGACCCCGGCGCAACGAGGCCCUCUGAGCCAGCGCCUCGACACCUUGGAGAGUUUCAUGACCAAGGGCACGGUCGACAAGGGCAAGGGGAACGCCGCCGUUGGAAAACCCACUGUUGACUGGCAAGCAAAGUCUAGUCAGCUGACGAUCGUGGACCUGUCGUGCCCUUGCGUCACGGCGGAGAUGGCGUGCUCGCUGUUCAACAUCUGCCUCUCUCUCUUCCUCGAGCAGGAAUCGCCCAUCGGACGUGUCGUCGCGGUCGACGAAGCCCACAAGUACAUGAAAGAGUCCAGCGAGAGCCAGGCCCUCACGGCCGCACUCCUCGAGACCAUCCGCCUCCAGCGCCACCUCGGCGUGCGCGUCAUCAUAUCGACCCAGGAGCCCACCGUCUCAACGAAGCUACUAGACCUCUGCUCCAUGACGGUGGUCCACCGCUUCACAUCCCCGGACUGGCUCCGCACGCUCCGCAGCCACCUGGCAGGGGUCUCCUCCAUGUCCGUCACGGCGUCCGGGCGGGGAGAGACGGAAGACGUGGGCUCCGUGGUAAUCGAGGGGAAAGACCCCGUUCUCGAGCUGUUCGCCUUGAUCGUCGGCCUGCAUACCGGAGAGGCCCUCGUCUUCGCCCCGAGCGCGGUCAUCGGUCUUGGAGAGGGACGGACAGGCAGGCCGGUUGCGGUUCAGAGACUGGCUCAUCGGUCGUUGCGGGUCCAGGUCCGGUCGAGACUGACUACAGAUGGCGGCCAGACGAUCAUGGCGUAG